AUGCUCACUUGGUGCACCAAGAAGAUGUCAUCUCACCACAACCGCCACUAUCGCCUCCUCGACACGCAUGCUGAGCCUGCACCUCGCGCGGCAUAUGUUCCCUCGGUCGCAGCGGUCGAAGCGGCACGACGCCGUAUGGAGGAGCAGAGUCGCCGUCCUGCACUGCCGCGAUCCGCCUUUCGAGUCGGCUCACGAGAACAGAUGCCGCCUCCUCCGCCGCCGAAGGACGAGCCUCCAGCAUGGCCGACGCGUAAGAGUUCCCGAGACGCGCUGAACCCACCGGAGGUGGACUACAAGCGCUCUUCAACCGCCUCGACUUGGGGACGCAAUCUCGUCAAACAGUUUCAGGAGGAGGCGCCGCCGCUCCCUCAGGAGGGCGUGAUCCCGAUCGGCUACCGACCCGAACCUCAUAACGUCCAUCCACAGGCGGAGGAGCUCGAGGAAGAGCGAGACAGGCGACACCGGCUUCGACGUCAAGACCGCCACACGGGUGUCGAGCGGACGGCUGAGGUUGUCCAUCCUGGUACUGCUGCGUUUCUCAGGCCAAAAAUGAUAGAUGUGUCAAGGUCGAGGUCGCCGCCCGUCUUCAAGCACCAGCAGCGGUAG